CAAGAAAAUGUGGGUGGGGUUUCUAGGCUAUAGUUUAUUAUGGAUGAGCAAGAGGAGCAGCAAGAUGCGGAGGACGCGCUCGUCCUCUUCCCAGCACCAGCGCCAGCGGUAGCACCAGCAGCAGCAGCGCCGCCACCGCACCAGGCUGGGGUGCCGCUGCCUGUGACGGGGUUUCUUUUCUUUCUCCCCGUGUGUGUGUGGGGGGGAAGGAGAAGAUGAGAGAGAGAUAAAGAGCUCUUUUGCCUUUCUUCUUUGUUCUUCUACCACUUCGUGUGCGCAACUUGGACUGGGAGACUAAGGCCGGAUCACGGGCGAUGGAAAAUGACUGUCCUGAGCACAGAGAAACGCAGAGGGAGCGCCGGCGAAGCAGCGGCGAAGAUGGUUUCUACGAUGCGACUUAGAUCCUCGGUGUUUCAGUUCCAGCAACUUGUGGAGAAAGGAUCAUCAUCACCAGCAGCUCGUCGCCUGAGCUUGCGAUGAAUUGUCAUAGCGGUCAGCGAUGUUUGGAGGCCACAGGUGCAGCACGGCUGGGCUGAGGCAGCAGAUAUUACCUGGUGAAGAGCUCGAGGAUCAAGCGUGGCUGCUCCGGCCCAAAGUCUUGGGAAAGCCUGCCGGUACUCCGGAUGUUAGCCUCGAUGCUUUCAGGGUCUGGAAGUCGGUGGUCUACCGAGGUGCCAGUCUUCCAGCCGGUUUUGUCGACUUGGAGCAGCUUUAUCAGUUUGAGGCACUCGGACAGGCAGUGUUUUGCACCGAUCUCCAUGGCGAUAUAACGUACUGGAGCAAUACCGCUGAAGCGUUAUACCUCUGGAGAAAAGAAGAAGUUAGUGGACUGAACGUACUCAACAUCCUUUUCCCCUUGGACGCUCUCAAGUCAUCAAAGGAAAUCCUUGCUCACGUUGGUCAAGGAAAGCUAUGGUCGGGAGAGCAUGCUUUUCUCAGGCGCGACGGCGUUCUUAUCAAUACCAUGGUUAUGAGCAGUCCACUUAUGGGUAACGGCCGCCAGAUUCAGGGUAUUGUUGCAAUCUCUUCGCAAAUCGACAAGCCAGGCAGCAUGAGAAGCCGAGAACCUGAACGGAUGGACUCGGAUAUAUCUGAAAGCUCCAUAUCAAACUUGGAGCGGGUCGAUUCCAUGCAGCAGCACUCCAACUUGCCAGCAGGAACUGGAAUCUUUAGGCUGGGAUUAAGUUCCAUGCAGUACCUGUUCCGGAGGUUUGGUUUUGGAGCCGCCAAACCCGAAGAAGAUCAGGCAGCUGCGGCACAGGACCACCAAAUGGCGUCUGAAUCUUCAGACCUCCUCCACAUAAGCUACGGUGGAGAGUAUUACUCGGGGAAUUCAAGUCGUCAAAACUCACCACGGAUCCAAAAAGCUUCUGAUCCUAACAGCGACGAGAGACUCGGCACUCCUGAUCAGCAAUCCAGGAGUUACGUUCCAUGCAGUGAAACCGCUGGGGGGAAUUUCAUGUCCAGAUUUAACGCUGGUUUACCCGCUGGAGGAGCUUAUGGAAAUGUCCCAGAGUCACCAAGAAAUAUCAUGGUUGACAGUUGGUACUCACAACAACAACAGCAACAAGCUGCCGAAGAUGAUUUUCAUCUUCAAAUGGCACUUUCGCUGCGGGUUCCUUCGGACAAGCCAGAUGCAGAUGCAGACGAUUCCAGUACGAGGACGGGAAAAUCAUCUUCCGACGUGACUAAAGCCGAGACUACGUCUUAUCGCUAUUGGGUGACGAGCUCUCUAAGUUACGAUGAGUGGAUUGAGGAUGGCUUUUACGAGCUGUGGGGAAUGAGUCCUCAUGUCUGGAGCAUUUGCACUGACUCUUCUGAGCAAGGCCGGAUGCCUCCAUUGGAAUCUCUACGUCGUGUGCAUCCAUCAGAGGCAGUCUUCGAUGUGGUGCUCGUGGACAGAAGUGUAGAUCCCGCGCUAUGUGCACUAGAAGACAGGGUGGUCAAUCUAGCGUACGAAGCAAACGAAGUCUUUGAUUUAGCUUCUCAACUGGGAAAGCUAGUCGCAGUCGAGAUGGGGGGCCCUGCUGCUUCGGACGAUGAUUUGGUUGAGACGUGGCUGCAAAAUCGUUUGAAGCUGAUGCAGAUCUCCGGGAGUGUGGUUCUUCCAAUCGGACUCAUCAAGGCUGGUCUCUCUAGGCACAGGGCUCUUCUUUUCAAGGUGCUAGCAGAUAGUGUUGGCCUACCGUGUCGCCUUGUCCGCGGCCACCCCUUCUGUGCCAAGGAGGAAGACGCUUUUGCUCUCGUUAAAUGCAACAGCGGGAGGGAAUGGGUCGUAGACUUAGUCUGCAAACCGGGGCUUUUGCUUCCACCCGAAACAAGAACUCCUGUAUCUGCUGGGAUGGGAAGCCCUUCUUUGCGACAAACGUCCUCAUCCUCCCCGGACUCAGCUUCUAGUUCCGUUUCUAUUAAAAGAUCAAACUCUGCGGACGAGCCGCCAAAUCCAGAGAAGGGUGAACAGGAAGGCAGGCCGGUGGAUUUUAUUAGCAAGACGACUCGCUUCAAGGAAAGGACUAGAGAGGAACUCAUAGCAAAAGCAAGAGAAAAAGAGGUUGACCAACAGAAAGCUAUAAAGAUGGCAAGUCACGUAGAUGACUACGAGAUCAAAUGGGAAGACGUCCAUAUUGGUGAACGCGUUGGGCAGGGUUCUUUUGGAAGGGUCUAUCACGCUGACUGGCAAGGCUCCGAUGUUGCAGUCAAAGUUUUCCUGGAUCAAGACAUCAGGUCUGAAGCGCUUGAAGAGUUCAAACGAGAGGUGGCGAUGAUCCGUCGGCUGCGGCAUCCAAACAUAGUUCUCUUCAUGGGAGCGGUCACACAGCCUCCAAACUUAUCACUGGUUACCGAGUUCUGUCCAAGAGGGAGCCUAUUCAGGAUUCUGCAAAAAACCAAACUGGAUGAGCGUCGACGCCUACGUAUGGCCCUUGAUGUGUCCAAAGGAAUGAAUUAUCUCCAUCGAUGCUGUCCUCCUAUAGUACACAGGGACUUGAAAUCCCCGAAUUUGCUAGUGAAGGAAAACUGGACGAUCAAGGUGUGUGAUUUUGGAUUGUCGCGCCCAAAGAACAACACUUUUCUUACUUCUAAAACUGGAGUUGGAACGCCCGAGUGGACUGCUCCAGAGGUUUUGCGCAACGAGCCAUCUGACGAGAAGUGUGAUGUCUACAGCUUUGGGGUGAUUUUGUGGGAGCUUGCGACGCUCCAGCAACCGUGGGCUGGCAUGAACUCCAUGCAGGUGAUUGGAGCUGUGGGCUAUCUAAACCAGAGGCUGCCAAUACCCGACCACAUCGAGCCGGGGAUCAUAGCAUUGAUGCAGGCUUGUUGGUCCUCAGACCCAAAAGCUCGGCCAUCUUUUGGCGAAAUAAUGCACAAACUAAAGACACUGCCGCGGUACGCCUUCACAAAACAGUCGUGAGAGUCUCGUGAAGAAGAAAAGGAGAGUUUCUUCUGUACAAACAUUUUGGAUGCUCUCUUCUCUCGUGUAAUUUAGCAUGGUUUUUAGCUCUCAUAAUUUUACCUUGUGAGUUUGGGCC